AUGCCCUCACCGCCAAAACAUUCUGAUUCUUCUCUCCGCUCAACCUCGUCUUCUCCUGCACAACCCAACGCCUCCGCCCGACUGACUCAGAUCAGAAACCACACGAUGGGUUCAGUGUCAACCGAUACGCCGCCGACUCUGUUCGACGCCAAUGUCGUCCCCCAAGCUCCUGAGGACCCUCUGUUUGGGUUGAUGGCCGCUUACCGAAAGGAUACCUUUGAGAAGAAGGUGGAUCUGGGCAUUGGCGCAUAUAGGGACAACAAUGCGAAGCCCUGGGUGCUGCCUGUCGUCAAGAAGGCUGAUGAGAUCCUGCGAAAUGACCCCAACCUCAACCACGAAUACCUCCCCAUCGCAGGUCUCCCAGAGUUCACUUCGGCAGCUCAGAAACUCAUCCUUGGUGGAGACAGCCCCGCGAUCAAAGAUGGACGCGCUUGCAGCCUCCAGACCAUCUCAGGAACAGGCGCUGUCCAUCUAGGUGGUCUUUUCCUCUCCAAAUUCCUCCCUAAACCGACACCGGCCAUCUACCUAUCCAACCCAACAUGGGCCAACCACAACCAAAUCUUCACCAAUGUCCAUCUCCCCAUCACGUCCUACCCUUACUUCUCGGCGAAGACAAAGAUGCUCGACUGCGAAGGUCUGCUCUCAACCCUGAAAUCUGCGCCUGAAAGAAGCAUCAUUCUACUGCACACCUGCGCACACAACCCGACAGGCGUCGACCCAACGCCCGACCAGUGGAAACAGAUCGCCGAAGUCAUGCGCGAACGCAAGCUAUUCCCCUUCUUCGACUGCGCAUAUCAGGGUUUCGCCUCAGGAGAUCUAGCCCAAGAUAACUUUUCGAUCCGCUAUUUCGUGGAACAAGGGUUUGAGUUGAUCAUUGCUCAGUCCUUUGCCAAGAAUUUCGGUCUGUACGGCGAGAGAGCAGGCGCAUUCCAUUUCGUGGCAGCCCCCGGAUCCAAUGCACAGGACGUGACGAAACGUGUCUCGUCCCAACUCGCCAUCCUGCAACGUUCCGAGAUCUCCAACCCGCCCGCGUACGGUGCACGCAUUGCCUCUCUCGUCCUGAAUGAUCCCCAGCUCUUCAAGGAGUGGGAACACGAUCUACGCACCAUGUCCGGGCGGAUCAUUGAGAUGCGCAAGUCCCUGAAGGCGGAACUCGACAGGCUGGGCACCCCCGGAAACUGGGACCACAUCACGAGUCAGAUCGGCAUGUUCAGUUUCACGGGCAUUACUGAGAAGCAGGUGUUGGCCAUCAGGGAGAAGUGGCACGUCUACAUGACCAAGAAUGGGAGGAUUAGUAUGGCUGGGCUGAACACGGGUAACGUCCACUACUUUGCAGAGGCUCUGGACGAUGUAGUCAGGCACGUGCAAUGA